AGCCGCAUUGUUCUAUGCACACCGCUUGUCCAGUAUUAAAGUAUACACUGCGACAAGAAUUAUCAGUUACAUUCGUAACGCAGUCCAAGCUUGUGCCUUCUGAUGUUCACGCGUUGUUUGCUUUUUAAACAUUUUUUUAUGUUUUCAGAACAUGGCAAAUGCUAAAAAGUUAAAGUCUAAAGUUAAAAAUGAAGGGGAAUUCAUUCCCCCUGACGGUGGUUGGGGGUGGAUGAUCAUAUUCGCCGCUGGAUUUUCAAAUUUAUCAGCGCUGCCAAUCCUGCAGCAAUUCGGGCUGCUAUUCCGCGACAAGUUCGCCCGGCUCGGCAUAUCCAGCUCUGAGACGACUACCAUUAUCAACAUGAACUCUGCCCUGACCUCUUGCGUCGGUGCGUGACGCGCCUUGCAUGGUCUGGCGAAUGGUCCAGUGUUCAAAACAUUUAGCUACAGGCAAGUGUCGUUAACGGGAGCUAUAGUAGUUUUCAUAUCGUUAAUGUUGACAACUUUCUCGUACAAUUUCAUGACCUAUCUGAUAUCUUUCUCAAUACUUUACGGUGCUGGUUAUGGCAUCAGUAGUUCUGCUAAUGCUUUGGCGUUGAAUACUUACUGGAAGAACAGAAGAAGAUUAGCAACUGGUUUAUCAUGGACGACAACCGGGCUCGGUCCCAUCAUGUGGCCACAUAUAAUCACAGGCCUUUUUGCACUAUUUGGAGAGACAGGUGCAAUUCUGAUUAUAAGUGGAAUUUCUCUUCAUGCGAUAGCGUGUGCAUUGUUACUGCAGCCUGUGGAAUGGCACUCAAAAACAAAUCCAAAAGAUGAAGAUGUAGAAAAAUUAUUGAAAAAUGGUGGUAAAGAAACUUUGGUAAACGAAAAGAAAGUAGAAAGCGGAUACUUCAGCCAAGUAUCAAAACUCAAAAAUUUAAGCGCUUUUUCAAGUCAAUAUUUGUAUAAUGAAGAUGACCCUAUUAAUCCGGGAUACGAAAUAACGGAUCCUGGUGUGCCUAUGAUGUUACGAGCAAACGAUGGCUACUUUAGUCAGUCAAGACAAUCUAAAAGUAGAGUAUCCUCUAGGGAUGGGUCUAAUAAGAAUUCUCGCUUGAACUCCAAAAAACCAUCAAUGUCUAAUUUAUUAGAAAAUCGUUCACGCAAAUCUUCAACAUUAUAUUUAAACGAAUCGAAAAAGAAUUCUUCAGCUAAUCUUGGAGCACUUGCGCAAGAGAGAGAACCACUCAAACCGAAGCGUAAAACAUCGGUCACUCUUGACACACAAAUCCCUGAAUCCGAAAUAGAAGAUUGUCCGACUUUGAAAGCUCCGCAGGAUUUAAAAGCGGAAGAAAAAGUUGUAGUGGACAGUCUUGAUCCAAAAACAGCAAAAGUAAUAGCUGAUAGAGCUGAAAAGCACUUUGCAGGCAGUAAAAGCCUGAAAUCAUUUAAAAUGGAUGGGCAAUAUGGAGAGAAAUAUCACAAAGACAAUCACAGCAAUAUAUCUUUAAAGAAUCAAGAAGAAAAUGAAGAGCGAAAGUAUUUAAAAGAUAACCACAGCAAUCAAUCAUACAGAACUAAACAUAGAAGAAAGUCAAACAAUUUUAAUUAUGAAAGUGAGGUGCUAAAGCAAGCAUCUUUGAAACUAGAACAGUAUUUAAAAGAUAAUGAAAACAAUCAGACUGAUAAAGUAAAACUGUUAAUACCACAGAUAAGUGAGCCAGACAAUGAAGUCUUCGACGAAAAAAAAGAGGAUGAAGAUGACGAAGAAGAACAGCUAACGUUUUAUCAAAAACUAGUUCUUUUCUUCGAUUUGGAUUUACUUAAAGAUUUCACAUUUAUCAAUCUAAUGUUGGGUAUCACCCUGGCUAAUUUUAACGAAUUGAACUUCUCAAUUUUGACACCUUUCAUUCUUGGCGAUUACGGUAAAACAAAGUCAGAAGUUGCACUGUUUAUGUCUUUAUUAGCCGGAGUAGAUAUUUGUGUAAGAUUUUGCAUACCUUUUGUGGCUGGUAAAAUUGGAUGGGAUAACAACUCGUUCUUUCUAUUUGGCGUCAUGUCGAUGGCUAUGGGACGAGUAGUUCUAGCUUACUGCCAGUCAUCGUGGGUAGUAAUAUUAGUGGCAGUUAUGAUUGGCUUUGGGAAAGGACUAAGAACUGUAUUUAUGGCCCUCGUGAUCCCAACACAUGUGCCCUUGCAUAAACUACCAGGGGCAACUGGAAUACAACUUAUCACAGCCGGAGUAGUGUACUUAAGUUUAGGCCCAGUUGUAGGUUGGAUUAAAGACAAUGCAUCGACGGCUCUAACGUUACAUUGUCUAAAUAUUUUCACAUGGCUCACGGCAUUAUCAUGGGGAUUAGAGAAAUAUAUAACCUCAAAACGUCAGGCAGCUUCAGAAACGGAUAUUGUUAAAGCAUAAUAAAACUGUUACAUUAUAAUAUAUUUUACGACAAAA